AUGAGCAGCAACCAGACAUGGAUCACAGAAGUCAGCCUGCUGGGAUUCCAGGUCGAUCCCGUGCUCGAGUAUCUCCUCUUUGGGUUAUUCUUGCUAUUUUACAGCCUCACCAUGAUGGGGAAUGGUGCCAUCCUGGGCCUCAUCUGGCUGGACUCUCGACUCCAUACUCCCAUGUACUUCUUCCUCUCUCACCUGGCUGUCAUUGACAUGUCCUAUGCCUCAAGCACUGUGCCUAAGAUGCUGGCAAACUUUGUGAUGCAGAAGAAAACCAUGGCCUUUGGUCCAUGCAUACUUCAGACGUUUUUGUAUCUGGCUUUUGCUGCCACAGAAUGUAUGAUUUUAGUGGUGAUGUCCUAUGACAGAUAUGUGGCCAUCUGUCAUCCCUUGCGAUACACCAUCAUCAUGAGCUGGAGAGUGUGCACGGGUCUUGCCACAACUUGUUGGGUAUUUAGCUUUCUCUUGUCUCUCGUCCAUAUCACACUCAUCCUGAGACUUCCCUUUUGUGGCCCACGGACAAUCAACCACUUCUUCUGUCAAAUCAUGUCAGUGUUCAAGUUGGCCUGUGCAGACACCAGAGUCAACCAAGUGGUCCUUUUCGCUGGUUCUGUGUGUGUUUUAGUGGGGCCCCUCUGCCUGGUGCUAGUCUCCUACACUCGAAUCCUCUUUGCCAUCCUGAAGAUCCAGUCUGGGGAGGGACGCAAAAAAGCCUUCUCCACCUGCUCCUCCCACCUCUGUGUGGUCGGGCUCUUCUUUGGCAGCGCCAUUGUCCUGUAUAUGACCCCCAAAUCCAGCCAUUCACAAGAACAGAGGAAGGUUUUAUCCCUGUUCUACAGCCUUUUCAACCCCAUGCUCAACCCCCUGAUCUACAGUCUGAGAAAUGCAGAGGUGAAGGGUGCCCUGCGGAGAGUGCUGUGGAAACAAAGGUCAAUGUGA